AUGGAGAGCUUACCUCGAUCGAGCGCCUGCGUCGCGCCCCUCCAGAUUGUCAAAGGCACCCCAGAGGUGAUGACUCCAUCAUCACGCACGCCAAACUUUUCGUCAACUAUGACCAAUGGUGUAUAUUUGCCUCAGAGAACGGGCCAGAUCACCCCACCAUUGACUCCUCAUGAUUCUGAAGUGACCUUCGAAAGACACGCUGACUUUCAAACAUACCUGCGCGCUUCCUACGCAUAUCACCCAGAAUGUCAUCAGAAUCUCACGACGGUCACAUUACCACUUAACGGUGGGGAUGUAAUUCUCGUACACUCGGUCCACAGCAAUGGAUGGGCAGAUGGUACUUUACUGGUAUCAGGAGCUCGAGGGUGGCUGCCCACCAAUUACUGCGAAGGCUAUGAGAGCGAACCCAUCCGCAAUCUCAUGAAGGCGUUGACCGUCUUUUGGGAUUUAAUAAAAGGGAGUAGCAUUGGGGGAUUAGUCGCCUUCCGCAAUUCAGACUACGUGCGCGGGCUGGUUGCCGGUGUGCGCUGCUUACUCGAAAAAACCAAUUGUCUGAGCAGGGAAUCCAACCUGAUACGGUCUCACGAUGUGCUCUUCAAAAAUCGAAGGGCACUUCUUGGUGAUCUUUCGGCUUUCGUCAAGGUCGCUGGAGCUCUCAAAACCCUUCUAACUAAAUCUGGCGGAGACCUGGGAGUCGAGCUUGACUUGGAAGAAAUGCUCUCGAAAGCUUUCAAAAUGGUCAAUCGUGCUGUCAAAUUCCUAGACAUCUGGGAGGAGCACAUGCAAAGCGUGGACGCGUCUGUCACUAUCGAUCACGCUAAGAGCAUGCGGGUCCCGCCAACGCCUCCUGCAGAUCACACACAGUUUGCUUUAUCAAGGAACAACCAAAUUGCUUCGAACGCUCAUAACAGACCCACAAGCAGCGAAAACGCCAAGAAGGAGCAAAACGGGGUCCGAUCGCGGUAUGGCCGCUCAUCGCAAACAUCUGUACGGCCUAGGAGCUCUAAUUCCUUUGGACAUUUUCACGGAUUGGCGAAUAGGGAAUCGGCCUCUCACCGCACUUCCUGCACUGUAUCCCCAAUGUCGCAGAAUCUGGCAUCAGAGAAGCUAUCUGCGUUACACAAUGGCUUUAUCACCUCCCUUGCCUACUUUCUUGGCCUGCAUAUACAGUCAAGGUCAUCCGCCGAAAUCCGCCUUACUACCGAACAGUCCAUCGUCUCAUGUCGGGACAUGCUGAGACUUGUUGAGGAAAUAUGGGAACGUGACCGGAGGCGAUCUUUCGCCCUACAGGAAGCACACGAUGCCAUGUACGACAAGAUCGCCGACCUGGCUGAUGCUGCGAAAGACAUCUAUAGAUCCGAACAAUUUGGAGAAGACAGCGAUACCCUCGUGUACGCGGCUACUGCAUGUAUCUGUGCUGCUGGGGAAUGCGUCACAGAAUCUCAACUCGUCGUUGAGCGGAUCGGAGAUUUUGAAGUCGAAUCUUUCGGGCUUGGGAUAUUAGAUUUGGAGGUUGCACGCCCCGCAGAGAAUCCCAUCCAAGUCAGUGAAGACCAGCGCGAUGUUACCACAAAUGGUCGUCUCAUACCGCAUGAGCCGCUGAGGGAGCCUCCACCUACGCCCCCCAAGCUACCGGAUCACGAUCGUCCCGUGACAUCGGCCAUGUCAGCCACAGCAUCGUCUCGCAACUAUUCGUUCAACGCAGUGCUGGUGGAAUCUACGGACAACUUAGAUCGCUCGUCAGAACAGAAAUUACUGCCUCCUCUGCCUCCUUUCGCGAGCUGUCUCCUGUCUUAUGGAGAUCAAUUUUCGUCGCCACCAUCUUCGAAUUGUAGCGUUGGGGACACGCAGAACAACAAUGAUGGGCGGACUCGAGAAGACAGUCUUGGAGUCUCAAGCAGCUUUGACAGCAGUACCUAUGUCGGCAGCACACGCGACUCGGAACCAAGCGUUGUUUCGCAAAGCUCAACCCGUGCCACUUCGCCAGACGCCACGUUGGUCACCUCGCUCGAACGUCCGUCUCUUUACAAGCAUGAGACCGGCAUCCAGUCUGUCCUCUUUGAAGACGGCGAUGAAGAUGAGGUCAAACUUUUGGAAACGACCUUCGCCCAUGAGCUUGUAUACAACAGAGAAGGUCAGAUUUCUGGUGGGACCUUACCUGCGCUGAUCGAGCGUCUUACUACCCAUGAUUCUACGCCCGAUGCGACCUUUGUUUCAACCUUUUACUUGACUUUCCGCCUGUUUGCAACGCCUACCGCGUUUGCACAGGCCCUUAUCGACAGGUUUCAAUAUGUUGGUGAGAGCCCGCAUAUCGCUGGCCCUGUCCGACUCCGAGUCUACAAUGUUUUCAAAGGCUGGCUCGAAUCGCAUUGGCGCAACGACUGCGAUAGCCUUGCGCUCGAGCUGAUCAUACCGUUUGCAAAGCGGCAAUUACAGAUCGUAUUGCCAACAGCUGGAAAACGACUCGCUACCUUGGCUUCGAAAGUCACAGCUGCAGAUGGACCCCUCGUUCCGCGAUUGAUCUCGUCCAUUGGCAAGACCAACACCUCAAUAGCAUUAUAUGUUUCCCCCGAUGCGCCCCUACCGGCACCAGUCAUUACUAAAAGCCAACUAGCAGCUUUGAAGAACUGGAAGCAUGGAGGUGCUAGCGUCAGCAUUCUAGACUUCGAUCCGCUCGAAUUGGCUCGUCAAUUCACCAUCAAAGAAUCUCAGAUUUUUUGCUCCAUACUGCCAGAGGAGCUGCUCGCAACGGAAUGGAUGAAGAAGUCAGGCUCGAUGGCCGUCAAUGUGCGCGCUAUGUCGAGGCUGUCCACGGACCUGACGAAUCUAGUCACCGACUACAUUCUUCAAUUGGAAGAUCCUAAGAAGCGAGCUAUCGUGAUAAAGCAAUGGGUCAAGAUCGCAAAAAGAUUCCUAGAAUUGGCCAACUACGACUCGCUGUUUGCCGUCAUCUGCUCACUCGAGUCGUCGACCAUACUCCGUCUUAAGCGGACAUGGGAAAUGGUAUCUUCCAAGACAAAAGCCACUUUGGAGCACCUCAAGAGCGUAGUCGACAUAUCGAAGAACUACGUGGUCCUUCGACAACGUCUUCAAAACCAUGUACCACCUUGCCUUCCGUUUGUUGGUACCUAUCUAACAGACCUCACUUUUGUCGACAUUGGCAAUCAAACAACUCGUCAACUCCCCAGCGAAGGGCCCGAGGAAAGUAGAUCAGUCAUCAACUUUGACAAGCACAUGAAGACAGCCAAGAUUAUCAGCGAGCUUCAGCGCUUCCAGAUCCCAUACCGCUUUACCGAGAUACCAGAGUUGCAGACCUGGAUGCAGGAUCAGCUCGUUCGAGUCCGAACGUCAGAUGAAAGCAGCAUGCAAAAUCAUUACAGACGGUCACUGAUACUCGAGCCUCGAGACCAAGUACAAUGCAAGCCAUCGCCAAUGGAAUCGCAGGCUUCAUUCUCGUCAACCAAAGACAAGCUCGACAGGGACAAGUUCGAGUUCUUUGGCUUGGGCUGGCCUUAUCACUCCAAACACCACUCUAGAGAUAAGACUGUCACUAGACCCACUACACCUUCAUAA